AGAGAAAAGCAGCAUGGAAAAACACGAUGAUGCUCCGGAAGAUGUGAAACGUGCUACUCCGGUCGAGCGUGAAAUUAGAAGGGGUCAGAAAGAUGACACGUUCGAAGGAUAUCCGCGAAUAGUUGAGAAGAAGAAAAGAUGGGAACACUGCGAUAAGCCACCUUCGAAGAGAUUAAAGGCAGCGGCUAAAUCAAACGGGGAUUGUUGCGACCAACAAAGGGGAAAGAAGAAAAAGACAGCGAAAUUCGCGAUGGUUUCGGUGUACGAAAAACCGUGUACGUUUCCAAAGUUAGACAUCGUGCCCAGACAUUGCUUGAGCAAACAAAAAUACAUCGACAUGUUGGCGAAGCCAAGCCGGAAAUGUCCACCAGAAUGCCAUAAAAAAACGGUGCUUAGGAAACUGAAACCAGUAUCGGCACGGAUCAAAGAAUUGGCUCAACCGACGAGACAACGAAUGUUAAUUACUUUGCAAGAAGGCGCGGCGACGCUUCCACCGGCUUUUCUAGAUAAUCUAGUUCGAACUUUGGAGCACGAAACUUGCUUAACACCCGAACAAGCGGCAGCGAUCUCGCGUAAGAAGAAAUUUCGUAAGAAGGAAAAAGGAAGAAAAGCCAAGUGGCAGUUUAAAGACACAAGCAAAUCGAGAAAAUCGAGAAAAUCGAGUAUCGGUAUAACGAGCGCAGGAUCAACGUACGACAAAGAUUCGGUUACUUGUCAAUACCUUAUAGCCGAACGUUUCGUCAGAAGUAUUCUAAAGUGGAAAUGUCCAGUCCCUAAUGCAGAAUUGAACGAUAUAUCGGAAGUGAUAAUUGGACGUUUGAUCGAUACACUCGAGUACGAUUCUCCGGAACAGGAAGAUCGAAAAUCGCAGCAAAUAAACUUUUUGGCCGAGGCGAUAGCUUGUUGGGUAGCCGGAGUGCUGUCCGAGGUUGCUCAGAAUCAAGAGAAAAAAUUGAUCGAACGAUGUCAAAGAAAAGAAGAGGAAAUAAAAGCAGACGAGGAAUCGGAGGAGGAAACGGAAGAGGAGGAAGAGGAAAAAGUCGAAGUCGAAGAAGAAGAAGAAGAAGACGAAGACGAAGACGAAGACGAAGACGAAGACGAAGAGAGGAGAAGAGAUUCGAGAGAAACCUACGAUAGCAAAAUGGACGAAAUGGAAGAAACGGAGGAAGAGCGGGACAAAGAUGAAGAGACGGGAGAUAAAGCAAUGGAAGAUACGGAGGAACAGGAAGCGGAAGUCGUGGAAGAAACGGAUACAGUUGAUCUCGAAGAAAUCGAUGAUAGGAAAGCAUCGGUAGAAGCGGGAACGGAGACGGAACCGGAGACACAGUUGGAUACGGAAGCGAUAGCAGAAACCGAAGACGGUAUGGAAAUACAGGUAGAAACAGAUUCGGAAACGAUAACAGCGGCAUCCGAGGCGAAAAUAGACUCGGACGUGACAGAGGGACCAGACACGGGAGAGGAAUCAAUAUCGGAAGUAACGUCGAAAAUAGACACGGAAUUAGAGAUUCGACCAAGGACGCUAACGCAAACACCGACGGAAGAGGCGGAAGAGAAAGUAGGAGCAGAAGUCGAGAUAGAAGGGGAAGAAGCAUUACCGGCGGAAUCGGAAAUCGCGGAAGAACGAGUGGAAGAACCGAUCGUCGAAGUAAAAGAAGCGGAAGAAGAAGCAACCGACGAAGGUAAAUUGGCCGCGGAACAAUUAGAGGUGAGCGUGUCGGAAGAAACGGAAAGAGAAGAAGAAAAAGUAGAAAGUUUCGAACCGGAAGAGAAAGAUUUGAUGGCGGCGUUAGAAGUAAAGGGUAAGCCCGAAACGGAAAUUCCGAAAGACGUUAUCAAGGAUCUGAACGAAUUAUUCAAGAGCGAUAUUCCGUUCCUAACGUUCGGUAAAAUUAUCGACACCAUUUACAAAAUGAUCGAGGAUACGCCGGAGAAUACUGGCAAGGAUCCGAUAACGAACGGCAUUCAUCGCGCGAUUUACGAAAAGUUAAAGGAUAUCGCGAUGCUGGAAAAUCCAGAACUAUUGACAGAGGAGUUGAAGAGCGUUAUGUACAUGGUAUGCGGAAAGAUCGCGAAUUGGUUAAGAACGAUUCUGAGUAAAUCGCAGCUGGCCUUUAUGCAACAAUUCGUGCCGGAGGUGGAAUCUAAAGAGAUUCGAGAUUGGACAAAAUGGCUAGGGUAUAUCAGCGACGUGGCUAUAAAUUGGAAUUCGUGGUUACGCGACGUAAUAGAGAAGAUGUUCGAAAUGGAAAGCGCGCCGAUCACUCGCGGAGAGUGGCGAGACUGGACAAAAUCCGUGGACGCGAAAGCCUUGCUUUGGAGACGAUUCCAUCUUCAAAUCAGACAUCGAGCACAGCGCAACGUUACAGCGAUGAGCGGUCGUCGCGUAGUCAAAAGCUCCGGCAACAAACGAAUUUCUGCCGAGCCUAGCGAACAGCUAGUUAUGGCUCUCGAUACGGAUACGGUGGCUUGAAGAGCCUCCUCGCGAUUUGCGAUUAAACGCACGCGAUCCUUUCCUCCGUAGACUUUCAUCGACGCUUCAGCCGUUCGAAUACUUCCUCGUGUCCGAUGAAAUUCUUCGAUAAACGACAGGUUGUUCGAUCGACGACAGGAAAACGCGUUUAAGAAAAAAUCGAUCGCCGUCGAAACGUGCUGGAUCGUGAAAAUUUCAUCGGUACUCGUCGAGCCAUUUAUUUACGAUCGGUUCGACGAAACCGUUGCCGAUAAUCGUUCCGUUCGAUAAAUUUCAAUCACGAAAACUGUAAACAUUUCAUUCGGAAAAUAUACUGUACGCAAAGAUUU